AUGAGCUCCAAACUUAUCUGCUCCAGCUGGUUUCUGCUGAUUCUGCUUCUCACACAUGGCCAAGGAAGGGCCAAACCUGUGGCCAACGUACAGGCCCUGUCUAAAUUGUUAGAAGAGGACCUUGAGCACCCAGUGGGGUCAGAGGAACUGGAACAGGAGCAAGACGAGACCCUCCUCACAGGGGCCGUGGAACAGCAGGAUGCCCCCCUCCCCUGGUCCAGAAACCCCCGGGAAGGGGCUUCCAUUUCCGAAAGUGCUUUCCAGCGCCUCUUCAGCGACCUUCUGGGUUCCUCCAGGAGCUACAGGGGCAGAAGCAAGAAGGGCCUCUCAAGGGGAUGCUUUGGCGUCAAGCUGGACCGAAUUGGAGCCCUCAGUGGACUGGGAUGCUAA